AGCGUGCACACAGGACUAAAUAGCUGAUGCCAAAGCUGAGAAAGAAACCGAAAAACGCCAAGUACAACGAAGGUGAAGGGUACAAACUUAUUUGCCUGGAGGUGCAUCUAUCUAUCCCCAAACCCCCGCUUAAGUCACCGAUCAUCGGAAGCUCCCUUCUCCCCACAGCACGAUAAAAAGUAGGCACCAAAAAGUUUUCCAGGACGGCCGCAGCUGGCACCCAAGCUGGGUGUCGGCGCUGAGACUCAGCUGCUGGAUUUUCUGCUCCUUUGCGCCGGGAUGGCCAGUCCCGGCUCCGGGGAGGUCUGGCGUCGGGCUUCGGCGGUGGCGCCACGGUCCCCCGGGAGCCCGUGGCGAGGGGCGCGCAGGAAGAGAAGCUGAACUGCUAGAGAGACCUAAUGGACAGUCUCCCAGCAGAUGGUAACAAAAAAUAAUCCAGAUGGGGUGCAGGUGCUGUAAAAUGAUACAAAGCUAUCUCUUCGAUCCAGUUCCAGUGUCCUCCCCGGGCUACAUCAACGAAGUGAGCAGCUGCAAGUUCGAUGAAGAUGACCCUCCUAAAUUAAAGAGCAAUCAGAGCAGCGAGAUCCUGGUGCAUAAAAAUGACCUUGCGAGCGAGGGUCUGAAGAGGACUGAGAGUAGAGGCGGGACAGUGAGUCCACAAGAGCCCUGCUGGCCUCCCCAAGAACCGCUCCCUCCACAGGGUGCAGGAGGUGGACUCUGGGCAGGGAAGCCUGGCAGUGCUGUCAAUGGCGUGGGCCCCACUGCCGCUCUGCAGCCCACCCGGAACCCCAAGUCCCACCAGGGAGACAAGGGCUCCAGGGCCAGCCCUACAGACAGCGUCCACCCCACUCAACCCUUCCUUGAAGGAGAGGACGCCAGGAAGCAGGACUGUGUGCUGCCAGCCUCAGAAGAGACCCAAGUCAUCCAAAAUGGGGACUCCAGAGUUCCUUCUAAGGUGGAAAGUCCUGCCUUGGAAGUGCAAGACCAUGACCUCCAGAUACCAGCUCCGGAUUACCCUCAGCUGUGGGGCACAGCUGCAGACCAUGUGGAUCACGAAGAAAAGGGUUACCUUUUCAAGAACCAUGUGGAGGCUGAGCCUCUGGCGGGAAUUCUUCCCAGGGUGGGCGAGCGUGGUUUGAAUGAGCCCUUCCCCGUGAGAAGCUGGGACUCAUUAAACCAGGCCGUGAGCACAGACGUUCUAAGCGUCUACUUUAAAGAGCAGGGUCCUGGCACACCUGUGGUCGAUUCCAGAAUUGACCAGGAGGAAACGGAUGGCUCUGAAGGAGAUGGGGAUGGGGAGGUGGUGGACGAGGACGCAGCAGUGGCGGAAGCCCUGGCGGCUUUAGAAGCUGCUACUGCAGGAGAAGAUGUGGAUGAGGCAGAUUAGAGGAGGGAACUGGUGCAGGCAAGAAAGCUAGCAUCACGCUGAGCAAGUGGAGAUGCUUUUGCUCCUUGGACGUGGAGCUGAUCCUUCUGCCGGCACACCCACGCGCAGCUUGCCAGUUGUUUACAUCCAGCACCUGUUCCCACAGUCAGUACUGUGCCAGGCCACUUGCUAAAUAUUUGGAGCAUCACUCUGUGUAGAUGGGCUAUCAUUGAGGACCCUAAAAUAAAAAUUAGAGUGGGCUGUUGUGCCCUUGUCCACAGCAAAUGCAGAUAUUAAAUAGCUGCUUGCCAAUCCUCAAAGAUUUCCAGAACAUCUGGUACAGAUGUCCAUGAGGAUGCUCUGAAAUGGCAAUGCCUAAGCCCAAAGGCACACAAUCAUGAGCAUUCUGUUCAACCGCAGAUGCUUUACGUUACUUUUGAGAGCCAAACGUUGUACCCAACCUGGAAAAAGGUAGCUGUCUGCUUAAAGUGCCUAUUGUGUCCCCAGAGCAUGGCUUAACUUCAGGGACAAACACCCAGGGAACUAAUAUUGACCACUUUUUGGACAGUGAGCUAAGCUCGGCAGCUCUCAGAUGAGCUGAGCAGACCAGCAAACACAAGGUUAGUCAUCAGCUGUCGUAUUAACACACUUGACCUUAACUUUUUUACACUAUUACUUUUUAAUCUCCUUUGGGAUUAGGGAGGCUGGUCAAAAUAAUUCUUAAAUUUUCUUGUGUCAUAUUUGGGUUUUAAGUUUAUGAGUUUCUGGAACAGCAAAGCCAUAAAAGGAACAUUUUUAUGCCAUUAAAGGUCUGAUUCUGAAUAAAAUAGA